AUGGGUCAAGAAGACAGUGAUAAUGCAGCCAAGCAAAAGGCCAUUGAUGAUUGGCUUCCUAUUACUGCUACCAGAAAUGCCAAAUGGUGGUAUUCAGCGUACCAUAAUCUCACGGCCAUGGUUGGUGCUGGUGUCCUCAGCCUUCCUUAUGCCAUGUCAAAUAUGGGUUGGGGUCCCGGCGUUGUGGUGCUGAUCUUGUCAUGGAUCAUCACCUUGUACACGCUGUGGCAAAUGGUUGAGAUGCAUGAAAUGGUGCCUGGGAAGAGAUUCGAUAGGUAUCAUGAGUUGGGUCAGCAUGCAUUUGGAGAGAAGCUGGGUCUUUGGAUCGUGGUUCCUCAACAGAUUGUUGUUGAAGUUGGCACGUGCAUUGUCUAUAUGGUCACUGGUGGCAAAUCAUUGAAGAAAGUUCAUGAUACCCUUUGUCCUAGUUGCAAAGAUAUCAAGACCACAUAUUGGAUCAUGAUCUUUGCUUCUGUUAACUUCGUUCUUUCCCAAUGCCCCGACUUCAAUUCCAUCUCUUUCGUCUCUUUCUGUGCAGCUGCGAUGUCUUUGACUUACUCAACCAUUGCAUGGGUUGCUUCUGUAAAGAAAGGUGUUACACCAGAUGUGAGCUAUAGCUCAAGAGCCCACAGCACCGCUGAUGCUGUGUUCAACUUCCUUAGUGCCUUGGGAGACGUAGCAUUUGCUUAUGCAGGUCACAAUGUGGUUCUAGAAAUUCAAGCAACAAUGCCUUCAACCCCCGAGGUUCCUUCCAAGGAACCCAUGUGGAGAGGAGUUAUUUUGGCAUACAUAGGAGUUGCUUACUGCUACUUCCCUGUUGCCUUCAUUGGAUACUACAUGUUUGGAAAAGCAGUUGAUGAUAACGUCCUUAUCACACUACAACGCCCUGCUUGGCUCAUUGCUGCUGCUAACUUGUUUGUCCUUAUCCACGUUAUUGGAGGCUACCAAGUAUUUGCCAUGCCAGUGUUUGAUAUGAUAGAAACCUACUUUGUUAAGACCUUAAAUUUUCCACCCUCUCGUGCACUCAGAGUAACAGCUCGCAUUGUAUUUCUUGCAUUGACAAUGUUUAUAGCAAUAUGCAUCCCAUUCUUUGGUUCUCUUCUUGGAUUCCUUGGAGGCUUUGCAUUUGCCCCAACAACAUACUUUCUACCCUGUGUCAUGUGGCUUAGGCUCAAAAAGCCCAAGAGAUUUGGUUUGUCGUGGACGAUCAACUGGAUAUGCAUCAUUAUUGGGGUACUGUUGAUGACUUUAUCUCCAAUUGGUGCUAUGAGGAAUAUCAUCGUAUCAGCAAAAGACUACAAGUUCUUCUCGUAA